CUCGCUACGGACAAAGCAUUUCGAAUUCGCGGCAACCGACGGAGCUCUUUUCCUUACAUGACAAGCCAAGUGUGUCGGCUCCGCCACCGAACGCCUUCAAUCACUUCCUCUUCCAGGGCUCUGCGAUCGCGCGCGCGCGCGCUUCGGGGACGUUGCCGGGAUGGCGUCCUUCCUCAAAUUGUUCUACCGGAAGCCCCCCGAUGGCCUCCUCGAGAUCUGCGAGCGGGUCUACGUAUUUGAUUGCUGCUUUGCUACUGAUGUGUGGACGGAGGAGGACUACAAGGUUCAUAUGCGAGGAAUAGUUAGUCAGUUUCAAGAUCACUUCCACGAGUCUUCUAUUCUGGUGUUCAAUUUUCGUGAAGGAGAGGAGCGAAGCAAACUCAAUAACAUUCUCUCUGAGUAUGAUAUGACCAUCAUGGACUACCCUAAGCAGUAUGAGGGCUGCCCCUUGCUGACAAUGGAGAUGAUUCAUCAUUUUCUGAGGUCAUGCGAGAGUUGGCUUUCUCUUGGGCAUCAUAAUUUGCUGUUAAUGCACUGUGAACUUGGUGGUUGGCCAGUUUUGGCCUUCAUGCUUGCUGCUCUUCUAAUUUAUAGGAAGCUAUACAGUGGCGAGCAAAAGACAUUGGACAUGGUUUACAAGCAGGCUCCACGUGAGCUUUUACACUUGUUGUCGCCACUUAAUCCCGUCCCUUCUCAACAGAGAUACCUACAGUAUGUCUCGAGGAGGAAUGUGGCCACUGAAUGGCCUCCUUUGGACAGAGCGCUCACUUUAGACUGCAUUAUCAUCAGGUCCAUUCCAAAUUUUGAUGGGGAGGGUGGAUGCCGCCCUAUAUUCAGGAUUUAUGGGCAGGACCCCUUUCUCGUUAAUGAUCGCACUCCCAAAGCAUUAUUCUCAACUUCAAAGAGAAGCAAAGUGGUUCGGGUUUACAAGCAGGCAGAAUGCGAGUUAGUUAAGAUUGACAUAAACUGCCAUAUUCAAGGAGACGUUGUGCUUGAGUGCAUAAAUUUAUUUGAAGACUUGGAACGAGAAAAGAUGAUGUUCCGCGUCAUGUUCAAUACAGCUUUCAUCAGGUCAAACAUUUUGAUGCUUAAUCGUGAUGAAAUUGAUACCUUAUGGGAAGCUAAAGAUCUAUUUCCAAAGGAAUUCAGAGCAGAGAUCCUCUUUUCUGAGAUGGAUUCCGCUGCUUCCGUUGUUCCCGUAGAUAUUUCGUGCUUUGAGGAGGAGGGCCUUCCGAUAGAAGCAUUUGCUAAAGUUCAGGAAAUUUUUAGCCAUGUAGAGUGGUUGGCUCCCAACACAGAUGCUGCAAUUAAUGUCAUCCAGCAAAUGAAAGUUUCAAAUAUAAUUCAAGGAAAAUCGGAUGCUGAUUCUCUACAUGUUCUGGAAAGUUUCCCCUUAUCAGCUAAAAAGAGUCCUGAAAGUAUCAGAGAAGAAAGUGAUGAAAAGAUGUUAGAAAGUAAGAUGGAGAAGCACGGUUCUGUUUCCUUCAGUCUAGAGGAUCAAUCAGUUCCCCAAAAGCCAUCUCCAGGGAGAAGAGUGGAGGCUACUCAGACUACCAAGCAUUCUCCAGGUUACAUUGAUUCUGUGCAAGCUUCAAAUCUAGUGACGACAAAACAAGAGACUACUGCACCUCUUGGUCUCGCAUUUGAAAGUCAAAUUGACGAUCUUGCCUCAUCUGAGAGGAAAGCAGAAAACCCAACAACGGUAUCCUCAGACCAAGCAGUCCAAAUCAAGUCUCAGAAUCUUUCCCUUGAGCAUCUAGGACCCAAAAGUGUCUUAGUUUCACCGCCAACACCUCCUCCACCUCCUCCUCUUCAACCUGGUUUUUCUGCUUCCACCUCUUCUCCUCCUACAUCUCAUUAUCCCUUGUCUUCAAAAGCAGAAAAUUCACUUGGUGAUGAGAUAAAUUCUCACAUAGAGGGAAAGGAGGAGUCUACUCCAGCUCAUCCCAUGCCACAUUCUCCUCCUCCACCUCCACCACCACCACCACCACCACCACCACCACCACUACCAGGUUUGAGACCAACAGCUUUAGCUGGUGAAGAGGUCACUUCUCGUUUACAUGAUAUGAACAAGCAUUAUUCAGCCAGCUCUGCAGCCGAGCUACCUCCUCCUCCUCCUCCCCCUCCUCCUAGCCCUCCGCAGCCAUCUUCAAAAACACCAACACCACCUCCACCACCAAUGCCGCCACCGCCGCCACCACCACCAAUGCCUCCUUUGAAGGAGAUUCAACCAGCGAAUGUGAGACCUCCACCACCUCCGCCACCUCCUCUUCAUUCUGGGCAAGCUAUGGGUCCUAAAGUUCCCCCUACCGCACCACCGGCACCCCCUCCUUCCCCUGUCAUGGCCAAACAGUCUGGAGCUACAGUGAGGAACUCCCCACCUGUUCCUUCUGCGCCUCCUCCUCCUGUUCCUUCUGUUAAAGGUGUACCGAAGACUGGUGGAGGACCUCCUCCAGGUCCGCCAUUGAGUGCUUUCAACACUGCAAAGGGACGAGGCUUGUCACGUACUAUAAGUUCCAAGAGUAGCAACAUGAAAAAGCUAAAGCCUUUACAUUGGUUGAAGUUAUCGAGAGCGGUACAAGGAAGCAUUUGGGCUGAAACGCAAAAAUCUGGAGAAGCUACCAAGGCUCCGGAAAUUGACAUGUCUGAGCUGGAAACUCUUUUCUCAGCAUCUGUGCCGGUUUCAGAUCACAGCAGAAAAAAAAGUGCACGUGGCUCAGAUGCACGCAAGGCAGAUAAAGUGCAACUGAUUGACCACAGGCGAGCAUACAACUGUGAGAUUAUGCUUUCAAAGGUCAAAGUGCCAUUGCAUGAGUUAAUGAACUCGGUACUUGCUCUAGAAGAUUCUGCAUUGGAUAAUGACCAGGUGGAAAACCUCAUAAAGUUUUGUCCAACAAAAGAGGAGAUGGAACUACUUAAGGGCUACACUGGAGAGAAAGAAAAAUUAGGAAGAUGCGAACAGUUCUUUUUAGAAUUGAUGCAAGUGCCCCGAGUUGAAUCCAAACUGAGAGUUUUUUCAUUUAAGAUACAGUUUUCAACCCAGGUUGCUGACCUCAGAAACAACUUGAAUAUAGUGAACUCUUCUGCUGAAGAGAUCAAGAAUUCUGCGAAACUGAAGAGGAUUAUGCAGACGAUACUCUCACUUGGGAAUGCCUUGAACCAGGGGACCGCCAGGGGCUCUGCUAUUGGCUUUAGGUUGGAUAGCUUGCUCAAGCUAACUGAGACACGUGCUCGGAACAAUAAGAUGACUCUCAUGCAUUAUCUCUGUAAGGUACUAGCUGAUAAACUACCAGAAGUUCUAGAUUUCUCACAGGACCUGGCGCAUUUGGAACCAGCAUCCAAGAUACAAGUGAAAUUCUUGGCAGAGGAAAUGCAAGCAAUAAGCAAAGGGUUGGAAAAGGUUAUGCAGGAAUUGUCUGUGUCUGAAAAUGAUGGUCCUGUUUCAGAAACUUUUUGCAAGACCUUGAAGGAGUUCCUUCGCUCUGCUGAAGCUGAAGUGAGGUCUUUAGCUUUACUCUACUCUGGGGUGGGUAGAAAUGUGGAUUCAUUGAUUCUCUACUUUGGAGAAGAUCCAGCUCGUUGCCCCUUUGAGCAAGUUGCCUCGACUCUUCUCAACUUUGUAAGAAUGUUUAACAAAGCCCAUGAGGAGAACUGCAAGCAGAAAGAACUUGAGAUGAAAAAAGCAGCUGAAACUGACAAGGCGAAGCUAGGCGAUUCUCAUAAGAAGGCUGAUCAUCAACUACAGACAUCGCUUUUGAUGAGUAAUGUUCUAUGAUCAUGCUUUCAUGUAGGUCAAGAAAGGAGAUGUUCAACUUAACCUUCUGCUUACAAAGAUGGCAAUGGAAAAUCAGGUAGUUUAGCGGCUAGUGAAUAGAGUGUACAUAUUGACCAGCAGCACAAUUAGGUCCAGCUGUAUAGUGACACAACUUGCCUCUAACCGCAACCUUUCUUGAAAUUUUUCCAUUAUGCGACCUCUCACCCGUUGGCUUGACGAAGAAAGGCGGUUAGCCGGUAAGGAAUAAAUCAUCUGAUUGGCAACUGUAAAAGAUCCAGAUAAGCUAGUUAUGAAUAAUUUCUAGGGACAUAAUUUCAGGGUAGGAAUUUUCUAACACCUGCCUCUGCAUCCUCUUUUUAAGGUUUUGUAGAAGUUGUGAAUUACCUGAUUUGAAUGACCUCAACAUAAUAAUUUCCUUCUGUAGAAUAUCAACUUGUGUUGUAGCACAGGUAUUAUUGUGGAACUUUUUCUUUCUUGAUAACAUCAUCAUGUUUUCCGUUAUC